GCUCGCGCGCAAGCUAUCUCGCGCCGCGUUAGCCGCCGUCCGCCCCGUCGGCGGGACGCGGGUCCGGCGCUGAACGGCGCGUGUGGCGGGUCGCUCCCAGCGGGCUCCGCGGCCGCUCGUGUCCUCGCGCCGCGCUCACGUGCGCGCUGUUAUGUAACACGGUGUGCGCGAGGCAGGCGGCACCGCCACCUCGGCUAUUGUUGUGAUGCUGCUGUAGCUGCUGCUCAGACGAGCGAUGUUAACAGUCCACGGUCCAAUGCGGUUUCAUUCAGCGCCGACAUCCCUCACUUUGUUUAUUGCUCAUGCGUUUCCUCUGGGCCUCCUCUCUUCAGCACCAUGAUGGAUGAGCUGGUGCAGGACCUGGUGUCUGCACUGGAGCAGACCUCGGAGCAGAGCAAGCUCGGGGAGCUGUGGGAGGAAAUGGUCCUGAGUCCACUGCACCAGCGGCGACAGAUCCGCCGGCGCAAAGGCCGCAAGCGGUACCGUGAGUCGUCCCUCUACCCCCUGGGCCACCGGCGCUGCUGGAUCGACGCCUCGGAGUCCAGCUUGGACGAGGCCAAGGACCAGCGGGAGCACGCCGCCUCCACCAUCGCGGCCUCCUUGGACCCCUGCAGUGACUCUGACGACCUGUCCUCCACCAGCCAGUGGCACUCCGUCAUCGGAGGCUCCGUCAAGGCCAGGCAGCUCUCCUGGCCCGAGUCCGACUCCUUCACCGAGAACAACCCAGGGCGGCAGCUCCGGAGGCGCAGGAAGGUCAAACGCAUGACCUCCGACGUCGCGGUCCGGCUCCAGCAGAAGCUGAAGGUGUCCAGCGUGGACGGGAAGCGGCGGCACAGGCAGUCCAGAAUGCAGCAUCUGUCCGGAGCCAAGAAGAGGUCCGGUUGGAUGGGGGGAGACCGGCAGACGGACGGCGCCAGGCUGAUGGGAACGGAGUGCUGGAAGAGGAAGUUCAAGGAGCACAGAGACGGGGCAGACGAGAACAUGUCCGAGGGUGAGACCAGCAGCACGUGCAGCAGCGACCCCGGCCUCUUCACCAACGACGAAGGAAGGCAAGGUGACGAUGAGCAGAGCGACUGGUUCUUCGAGGGGGACUGUGGAGUGGGCCCGGCUGUGGCCAGCCUGCUGCCCAACCAGCUCUCCCUGGAGGACAAGCGCCCGUCCACUACGUUCCUGCUGCCCGCGAGGCCUUCUCAGAGAGGCUCCAGAGGAUACCCUUCACGACUCAAACACGUCGCUGGCUCCGCCGCCUGCUGCAUCAGGAAGGAGAGGAGGAGGAUUCCCAGCAAGGGCACCAGUAAGACGGUGUUUGUAGAGAGGCUCACGCACUUCUCCCAGGAUCCGUAUCAGAGGGACUUUUGGCUGCCGUCGAAGCGCGACAGGAGCCAGCUGAAGCCUCUGUGUCCCAUCGGCGUGGUGUCGGAGAGCUCCCGCCUCAGAUGUUCGUCCUCGGUCCGGAACAGGCAGACCAGCGUCCCUCCAGGACUGUUUUGCACAGGAGACCUGAGGAGGAGGAGGAAACCUGCAGCGGAGGCCCUGUCCGUCACCACAUCAGAACUUUGUCUUCCAGACCCUCUCAGCUAUCAUAACCAGGCUUUGUUGUCCAAUUCAUUAGAGAGAUUCCUGAGUCCACUGGCCACGCUGGAGCCCUCUCAUUUCUGGCUGCUGAAUAGGAUGGCCGCUGAUGACCGGCAUCUACCCUCCAGCUGCGGGUCUUACAUCAAGACGGAGCCGUCCAGCCCCUCGUCGGUCAUCGACACGGUCAGCCACCACAGCCCCAGCGGCAACUCCGACGCCAGCGGCGGCUAUGUCAGCGCCAUGAACAGCCACUCCAACGGCCUGGACUCUCCACCCAUGUUCACCCCCAGCGGGCUCGGGGCCGGCCCCUGCCGCAAGCGCUACGACGACUGCUCCAGCACCAUCAUGGAGGACUCGUCCAUAAAGUGCGAAUACAUGUUGAACUCCCUCCCCAAGAGGCUGUGCCUGGUCUGUGGAGAUAUAGCCUCAGGGUAUCACUAUGGGGUGGCCUCGUGUGAGGCCUGCAAAGCCUUUUUUAAAAGGACAAUACAAGGUAACAUAGAAUACAGCUGUCCAGCCACAAACGAGUGCGAGAUCACAAAGCGGAGACGCAAAUCAUGUCAGGCUUGUCGCUUCAUGAAAUGCCUCAAAGUGGGGAUGCUCAAAGAAGGUAAGAAGAGCGUUCGCCUUGACCGCGUGCGAGGGGGCAGACAGAAGUACAAGCGGAGGCUGGACACGGAAAACAACCCGUACCUGGGCUUGACGCUCCCUCCGCCCACGAAAAAGCCCCUCACAAAGAUAGUGUCUCACCUGUUGGUAGCUGAGCCGGAGAAGAUCUAUGCCAUGCCUGACCCCACCAUGCCGGAGAGCGACAUCAAGGCUCUGACCACGCUGUGCGACCUGGCCGACCGCGAGCUCGUGGUCAUCAUCGGCUGGGCCAAACACAUCCCAGGCUUCUCCACUCUGUCUCUGGGAGACCAGAUGAGCCUGCUGCAGAGCGCCUGGAUGGAGAUCCUCAUCCUCAGCAUCGUGUUCCGCUCGCUGCCCUAUGAGGACGAGCUGGUGUACGCGGAGGACUACAUCAUGGACGAGGAGCACUCGCGCCUCACCGGCCUGCUGGACCUCUACGUCUCCAUCCUGCAGCUGGUCCGCAAGUACAAGAAGCUCAAGGUGGAGAAGGAGGAGUUUGUCACCCUCAAGGCCAUCGCCCUCGCAAACUCAGACUCCAUGCACAUAGAGGACAUGGAGGCGGUGCAAAAGCUCCAGGACGCGCUCCACGAGGCCCUGCAGGACUACGAGAGCAGCCAGCACCCGGAGGACCCGCGGCGGGCGGGCAAACUGCUCAUGACGCUGCCCCUGCUGCGGCAGACGGCCACCAAGGCCGUGCAGCACUUUUACAGCAUCAAGGUGCAGGGCAAGGUGCCCAUGCACAAACUCUUCCUGGAGAUGCUGGAGGCCAAGGUGUGACCGGAGCGUGGCCGAGCGGACGCGCACAGUGACUGGAACCAAGGCUGAGGGAGUUCAGGAGGGUGAGACGCCCCACUGACUGUGCUGGACAGACCUCUCUCACCCCCCACCCCCCUCCCCCCUCCUGGAACCCUGGGACAUUAUCUAGAAAAGAACAAAUGCAAAACUUGGUUACUGGUAUAAAUAAUAAAAUGAUGCAGAUUAAUUUAAAAUAUAUAAGAAAUGCUAUGUACAGUAAUAAUUUUUUUUUGUUUUCUUAAUUGUUCGUGGUAAUGUUGUAAAUGAAGGAGAACCCUCUGAGCCUCAGCAUCUUCAGAGUAAAUACUUCAUCGUUCUUGAUUUUAAAAAAAAAAUAAUUAAAGGUUUUCUUUAUUCUGAAAACGUAAGUUCCUUUAGUUUGUUCUGAAGACAGCAGAGGCGUCAAACCACGUGUUGUUGCCUGGACUCGACCAGAACGUGUACAUAUUUAUUAUUGAAGGACUGAGUGUACAGUUCAAAGUCUGGUGAACUUGGUGGCCAUUUUCUCUUCUUCUGGUAAAAAAACAAACAAAGUGAAGUUGUUAAUGUGAACUCUCAUCGGUUUCUAUGUCCUUGGAUAUACCUCUGCGGAGCAGCACCUGUGGUCGUGGACAGGAGCCGUAGUCGUUGCCUCAUUCUGUAGUCACUCAGCAAUAAACGGGACUGCGGGGACGGUGCUGGGCUCAAACCUCCUGCCUCUCAUGUGCUUCUCGGCGCUGCUGUUGCUAAACGACCGUGUUGGUGUGAAUGCGGCCGCCGCUUUCCCUCCUGCGCUCGUUUCUGCCGGCGCGACCCGCUGAACCCACGUCCGCCCGCGUUUGAGCCCGUGGAAACAGGUGACGGAGCUGAAAGGCGAUCGCGGGCUCGGAGCGGCGGCACCGGAGGAUUUACGCCGCGUGGCGCGAGUCCAGGAGAUUCCAGGUCCGAACAAUCAGCGGCCCGUGUGUCAGCCGCUCUAUUCUGGGCCUUUGAGCCGGUGACAGAACCGGCCCACACACGGGCAGCAAGGUGUCCAGCAUCUGCUCGCACCAUUUCAGAAGCCUUCUGUCUUUUAAUAGUUCACGGAGGUAGAAGGCCGGAGCUGAGGCGCUUCACACUGGCCUAUUUUAACCCAGCAGGGAGCCGUUGUCUGCGCAGCCUCCCUCCAGGAGUGCACUGGCCACGUGCAGCGCCGCUUCUUGACCUUGUGUUGACGCGGCGGCCAGUGAGGAGCAGAGCGCUUUCCACCGGCCAGGAGACAGACAGGCAGAGAGACACAAGACAGACAGACAGAUACGCAGACAGACAGAAGAGACAGACAGGCAGAGAGACACAAGACAGACAGACAGAUACGCAGACAGGCAGAGAGACACGAGACAGACAGGCAGAGAGACACAAGACAGACAGGCAGAGAGAGAGAGAGUGAGAGACAGAAGACAGACUGACUGACAGAUAGGCAGACAGACAAAGACAGACAGACAGCCAGAGAGAGAGACAGAUAGGCAGGCAGAGAGAGAGAGACAGACAGUGAGGCAGACAGACAGGCAGGAAGACAGACAGAGAGACUCACACACACAGACAUAGUCACACAGACAGACAGACAGACAGACAGGCGUGCACAUGUGUAUAGCUAUGCAAGAAACCAAGCGGCGGCAUGCUUCGAAGGCUAACGCAGCCCAGCAGUGUAUCAGUACGAGGUGUGAUCUCUGGCGGGAGAACGCGGCCUCGUGCUCCCGUCUCCCCGUCUUUAGCUGCAGGUCCAUCCUGCUCCGGGGCCGAGCCGCCGCUCCGUGACUGUUUUGGAGGUGUAUGCUUAUACUGAAGGGGUUUUAUGUGAUGUGAUAAACUGUGGUGCUGUCACAACAAUAUGAUACUGUGAUCAAAGGAAUCCCUGACAUCGCAGGAGGGUCGAGUUGCCGCCGCGCUUGCAGUAUCAACGCUUAGCAGAGAUCCUGCCUUUUUAUAGCAGCCGCUCCACCACGUGACGGAGGGUCACGUCCCGAUCCGAGCUAGCUGCCGCCCGGUUAGCGCUAGCGCCACAGAGGACGCUAACAGUACGCGCCAACGACUUCUACUGUUGUGCGGUGCAACACGGACCAAUUCUGAGUGAAGCCGUGCUGAAGGCAGGCUUCUGCUUAGAUUUGGGGGAACGCCUCUGGUUCAAUACAGGUCAGAACUAAACUGGUCCAGGAUCAGCCAACAGAAUAAUAACAAUAGAGGAAUCUCAUUGAAGUCAAGCGUCUUGAAUCGAAGCUGUAAAUAUUUCGCUGAGCUCCCACAUACAGUGACGUACGCAGCGCCCUGCUGACUCCUACCUCAUCAUCAUCAUCAUCACGUCCAUUCUUCUCUCAUUCAACACAUCUCACAUCCGCGACGUAACUGAGCCAUAUUUUUUUUAUCAGCAGCCGUUUUUCUCUUGCCAAAACAUUUGUAACGGUCGCCGCCGAUCGUCUUCCCCCGUUCACCCUUCACUGAUCACUUUGUAAAGGCAAAGCAUGCGUCACACUGGCCUGUGGUCCGGUCCCGCAGCCAGUCUGUGUUUAUGAGCAUCCGUGUCAGAAUUGGUCCCUUGGUGACAAAUUGCAGACGAUGCAGGUGAUUGAUUUCCUGCUUCUGCGCUAUAAGUAUUUAUGGUGUGAAAUAUAUCAUUUGGCAAUGGUGUACAUUGAUAUCUCUGAUCGUUGAAUCACCAAUAUCUGUGUAACUUUUACGUUUUGAUUUUCAAAAAGGUAAAGGAUUAAUGAAUUAAAUACUCCUUGAACUCUGUGA